AUGUCUUCAGAUCAAUUAUUAAUCCACAUGUAUCUUACAAAAUUCCAACGACUGAUCUCACAUUUCUUUCUGUUCCAGAUCUCUCCGAUCACCAGCUUCUGCAGGUUGUCCGCCAUCGUCGAUGGGAUUUACACGGAACACGGGCACACUGCGGGCUCGUUCACGCAUUUGGCGAGCGAUCGUCUGGUGGUGGGCGGAGGAGCCGAGGCCAAAUCCCUGCAGGGCGCCAAAGGGAUCAACAACUUCGUCGGAUGCCUGAGGAAGGUCGAAUUCAUCGCAGAAGGGGUGAAAAUGGAGCUGAUCGAGGCGGUCAGGAGUGGAGCCGCGGGCGCUGCCGCCUGGGGUAAUAUGGAUUUCCACUGUCGGGAGCCUAGGGCUUCAGACUCGAUCACUUUCACCACAAGGGACUCUCAUCUGGUCCUGCCACCUUGGAAGGCGGCCACGGCGGGAAGCAUAUCUUUCAAAAUUCGUACCAACGAACCAAAUGGACUUAUCAUGUACAGCCGCAGUGGAGCACACACGAGGCAAGAUCUCUUUGCAUUCGAGAUCUUCGGAGGACAUUUAUAUCUGCACGCUGACCUUGGAAGCGGGCCUGUGAAGGUCAAAUCGUCGAAAGAGCGGGUCGAUGAUGGGACGUGGCAUGAUGUGGCACUUCGACGUGUUGCCAGAGACGGACGUGUGACUGUUGACAACCGGACAGUCGAAUUUAGUACUCCAGGUGAUACAACACAAUUGGAUUUAGAUGGAUUGAUGUAUAUCGGUGGUGUGGGUGCCCCAUUCGCACCCCUAACAGUCCCCCCAGUGUUGUGGACAGGUACCUUGAGACAGGGUUAUGUCGGCUGCAUGAGAGACCUUGUCAUAAACGGAGAACCAAUCGAUAUCGCUGGUUAUGCUCAACAACAAGACUCUGGCGCUGUCAGACCAGCUUGUCAUUCUCAACCACCACACUGUCCUUCACAACCAUGCAUGCAUGGUGGCCAUUGUCUCGAGGGUUGGAACAGGUUUCAUUGCGAUUGUACCGGAACACCCUUCACGGGUCCUACAUGCGGCAAAGAUGCAUCAACAUUGCAUCUAAACGGGACACAGCAAAUGACAGCCCUGAUGCCAGAAGAUUCGAAAACUCAAGCAGAGGAAGUGGUGGUUCGUUUCAAAACUACCAGGCCACGUGGACUCCUUUUAUCGACCAGCCUCGAGAAUAGCCCAGAUCGUCUGCAAAUCUAUCUGGAAGAUGGCAAAGCGAAACUGCUGAUCCACAUCGGUGACAAGGAAAAGACACUGGUUGCAGGACUAGGGUUAAACGAUGACAUGUGGCACACGCUAAGGUUUUCUAGAAGAGCGGGAUCUUUGAAAUUCCAAAUCGACGACGAGACUGCUGUCAGAG